AUGGGACAAGACACCUCGGAAGGAAGAAGUUUACCUUUCGGAGUAGAAUAUGCCCGUUCGUCGAGGUCGACUUGUAAGGGUUGCAAGCACCCUAUACAGCAAGAUACGCUGAGGAUGUCCGUUCGUGAGCCAAGCAGAUUUUUCGAUGGUUUGCAAGACAACUGGUUUCACUUUGCUUGCUUUUGGAAGAGGGUCGCGUCAGGAAAAGAAAAGAUUCGCGAAAAAAUAGCUGAGAUGGCGAAUAUCGAAGCCAACAUCAAUUCGUUCUCUGCAAUAACGGUAGAGUAUGCAAAAUCGAGUAGGGGCAAAUGCACGAAGUGCAAAGUCAAAAUAGAAAAGAAAGAAAUAAGGUUUUCCAAUUCAAACACUUGGUAUCAUCAAGCUUGCUUCUUUGGUGAACAGAAGUAUGAGGGAAAAGUGACUGACAUCAAUGGUUUCUCAAAUCUUAGCUCUGAAGAUCAGGUCACUUUAGAGAAAGCUCUAGAUGAAUUUCGAAAAAUAGAAGAGACCGUCGUGGAAACCCAAAACGACAAGAAGGAAAAAUCAAGGUAAUU